GUAACAAACGCACAAUAUCAAGGGCAAAAUGUUCCGCAUCAUUCACUAGCAACAUCAUUUAUCAACGGUAAUCCCUCACAGUCAAUGCAUCAUCAACAACAACAGCAUCAACAGCUACAACAACAUCAACAACUACAACAACAACUACUACAACAACAACAACAACAGCAACAACUACUACUACGACAACAGCAACAAUGGCAACCACAACCUUUGCAACCAGAGAAUUCAGGUUUUAUUUUAAUUUAA